AUGCAGGAGAUCAUGCGUGGAUUUGUCACUUCUCCAGAUGGGGAACCCCUGGACUGGUCCUCCCUUGAUCCGCAGCGACUGCGUGUCUUCUGUCGGACGAGGGGCAUGGAGUGCAUACAGGAUACACUUACAGAUCACAGAUCCAGCUGCCGUCUGCCGCUGGCAAUUGCUCAAGUGCGCAGCCGAGAUUUGUCUGACACUGAGCAGCAUUCCGACCAACCAUGGGAGAAGAUGGAGCCAGCCGGCGGUUCCUGUGCCAGAUCGGCUGACCCGCGGCUGGUUCCAGGGAACGGCGUCUGUCUUCACCGUCUCGUCUGCCCCUCAGUCUCUGUCUUGUCACUGCUUUAUUCUCCUGCUUAUUCUCCUGCUUAUUCUCCCGCCGCAGAGUCGUCCAGGCCCGCAGGAACUCUUCAAUAUCGCCUCCGAUUUAUUCAACUUUAUUCUACCGCGCUGCCGGGGCCCAGCAACAGAAUGUCCAACCCCAAACCCUUGUCCUCCGGAGAUCAGUCCGGGCUUCCAGAUGAUGUAUGGAAUAUAUGA